AUGCAAUAAAAGUAAAUGGUAGCUAACAUCCUGCCUAACAUCUCCUGUGUGUUCCACAGAAGACAGAAAGUCAUACGGGUUUGGAACAAUGAGAAAGCAGGAAUGAUGCUGUGUGUCUACGUCUGUGCACUGGCUUUUGUCCUGCAGCCAGUUCACUCUGCCUAUAACUGCUCCUCGGUGUAUAACAGGGUUCCAGAUAACAGUGACCUGACAGUAAACUGUGGCACCAAUAUGAUCUCUAUGGAGGUAAACUUGUGCACUGCUGAGUGGGCAGGCUUUGACCCCAGUAGCCUGGCCCUGAACGGGGAGCACAAUAACAAUCAGUGCUUGGGCAAGAUUGACACCAAUGUUUACCCACCGGUCAUCCGUUACCAACUGCCUGUCAAUCACAGUCAGGAGAAUCCAUGCAGACAGUCUCUGCAGAUUGUGGAUGAGGUGCCCAGUUCCUCUGGUCCAUUCCACAUGUUCUCCACCAUUCAGUCCGUCAUUAUCACAGGCUUCAUUGAUACACCCACCUCCUCAGCAGGCCUCAUCAGUUACUCCACAGACCUCUACUACCACUUCUCCUGUCGUUACCCACUUGAAUAUCUCAUCAACAACACUCAGAUCAUAGCGUCUUCAGUGUCAGUGGCCACUAGUGACAACAAUGGAACUUUCAUUGACACUCUCAGAAUGAGUGUUUACAAUAGCACAAAUUAUACCUACCCGUUGGUGGUGUCCCCUACAGGGCUGGAGCUGCGCACUAAGGUCUACGUUGAAGUUAAAGCUGUCAAUCUCACUGGAAAUUUUUAUAUCUUGCUGGACCAGUGCUUUGCUACCCCAUCACCUUAUAAUCAAACCUCCAACACACAGUAUAACUUUUUCACUGGAUGUUUUGUAGAGAACAGGACAACGUUAAUUGAUAAUGGGAUUUCCAAGUUCUCCAGAUUCUCGUUUGAAGCAUUCCGCUUUGUGGAGCACCGUGAUCAAGAAAGGUCCACUAUAUACCUGCACUGUAUACUGCGACUUUGUGAGCCAAAUAAAUGCCAAGAACUACUUAAAUCUUGCAACAGUAAUGGAAAACGUAGACGGAGAGCCCUAGAACCUUAUGGAUCACAAGCAAAAGACUCUGCCACAGUGUCUGUGGGUCCUUUGUACACCGCAGCUCUAAAGAAUGAUGUUCCCACUGCAUCUGCCUAUGGAGGCAGUGAGCCAUUGGACAGGAACAAUGUGAAUGUUGCUGGAGUGGUGGUGGGGGUCAUAUUUGCCACUGGUGGUGUUGUGUUGCUAGCUAUGGCUGGAUGGUUUGUGCUGAGGAAAUUUUACUAGGCUGGUGCCCUCUCCUCGAGAUUUCCACUGAGGGAUCCUUCAACUCGCCAUCUGCUUUGUGUUGAACGAAACAUAAUUUGAUAUGCCCCAUAAGAUGUCUGAUCACAUCACAGCUUCUGGACACACCAGCAGAGAGCUGCUUUGCAUUAUGCCAAUUUAGCAUAUUUUAAUCUGUUAAGACUUCAUGUAGUAGUUCAGUAACCACUUUGCAGCCAUGCACUCUGCAGAAAACCUUGAUGAAUUAUCUUUUCAUGUACAGUAAAUGCAAAAUAUUCUACAGCUUAUGUUUUUUAUGUUUAUUAUCUGAAUUAUUAAGAGGUAUGCAUGUACACAUGCAUUAAUGAGAGGAACAAACUGUGGAUGAUUACAAUUGCUAACUAAUCUUAUUGUACUAUUUUGUUCACUGCAUUUAAAAGAAUGUUCCAUGUUCAAUACAGGUUUAAUCAAGCAGCAUUUGUGGCAUAAUGUUGAUUAUCACAAACAAAUAAUAGAGCCAUCCCUUGUUUGUUAAAAAAACAAAACACUUACAGUACAAGUGAAUGGGGCCAGUCCAUAAACAUUAAAAUACACACUGUUUCAGAAGUAUAGCCACAAAAUGUAAACAUUAUAUAUGUUAACAUGACUUUAGUGUUAUAAAAUUGCAUACUAACCUUAUCUUUGUAAAGUUAUAUCCAAUAUUACAAUUUUGUUGUCAUGAUGACAUAAUGGCAGUAAACCUUGUAAUCUGGUAUACAAUGUAACAAUCACACUAAAAUCAUAUUAACAUAAUGUUUUAUCUUAUCUUGUGGCUAUAAUUUUGAAAUGGUGUGUGUUUUAAUGGUUAUGGACUGGCCUCAUUCACUUCCAUUGUAAGCACCUCACUGUAACUGUAUUUAUUUUUGUAAUAAACCAGGGAUGAGCCAAAAUUAUUUUUAUGGUAAUCCACAUUAUGCCACAAAUGCUGUCAAUUGAGUUUAACUUGCAUUGAACCUGGACCAUUCCAUUAAUUUUCUUCAUUGCUAAAGU